AUGCUGCAGAGCGCGACGGCGCUGCACACCUUCGCCGCCGCACUGGCCGCGGGGAUGGAGCGGGGGCGCGCCCCGCUGCGUGUGGGCCUCGACCGUGCCCUCCCCGCCUCGGGCGGCCCAGCGGGCCAUCUCCAGUCAUCCUUCGUCACAGGUCAUGCGCUAUCUCAGCCGGUCCCAGGCUGGUCCCACAAAGGCAUCGCCCGCCACGACGCUCGACACUCGCCCGCCACGACACUAGCCCGCCACGCUCGACUUCCCCCGACGCUUCGGUGCGUCGGGGAGCCCUGUGAGCAGUACAUUUCAGGACGCUUCGCGACCGGAUAUCGUGCGACCAUUGGUGCAGACUUCAUAACGAAGUCUGUGCCGCAUCAUAGCUCGCCGGAUGAGACGGUGACACUGCAGUUAUGGGAUACGGCGGGGCAGGAGCGGUUCUCGAGCCUUUCAUCGGCAUUCUUCCGCGGCGCGGACGCAGCAAUCCUCCUCUUUGACGCGAACAAGUCCGAGAUGCUGCAAUCACUCGUACGAUGGUGGGCCGACUUCCGCGAGAAGGCCCCAGUGCCGGACGAAGACCUGCAAGACUUCUGCUGCGUCGUCGUCGGGAACAAGAUCGACCUCGCGCGGGACACACCCCCAGUGUCUGAGGCGGACGUUGAACACCUAAUCGACGAGCUCGUACCCCCUCCUUCGCCUCCCCUAGCCCCAAUCCUGAGCGUCGCGCCGAUCCCAGAGACAGACACAGACGAAGACGCCAUGACAACUCCCAUCGCCGCCCCGGGCACGCCGCCCAGCAAAUCCAUCGACAUCACCGCGCGCCGCCCGCGGCGGAGCCUGCGCUCCGUCUCGCGCUCGCGGAGCCGCUCGACGGUCUUCCGGGGCGGGACGGUCGGGACGAUGACGGCGACGCGCACCAUAUACCACACCCCGUCCCGCUCCGUCUUCGACCUCUUCGAGUCCGCGCUGUCCUCGCCCGCGCACACGACCAUCUCCAUGCUCGCGCGCUCCGCCUCGCCCCCCUCGUCCUCGACGGUGUCGUCGGCGGGCCUCGACCGCGCCCUCCACGCAUCGGGCGGCCCAGCGGGCCAUCUCCAGUCAUCCUUCGCACCUCAAGAUCCCAGCUCGCGCGCCAGCGCCGCCUUGCCCCGCUGCGCGGCAGAGUCGGGCACGCCCGCCGCAAUCAUCAUUCCGAAGCUCCACGACCAGCUGCACGGCUCCCUCUCGCUCGCCGAGCCACUCAGCUCCUGUGCGCAGAGCUGCUGCUGCGACGAGGCGCUGCGGCGGGUUGCGCAGCACGCAAUGGGGCUCGCAACGCACAUCUGCAGCGGGAAACGCGCCCAGCAGGUGGUCCAGCGGCUCGGGGUCUUCAAGACGCCCAGCUCGCCCGGCUCGGGCUCGUGGAACGUGGAGGGGGCGAUCGUCGCGAGCGGCGUGGGCCACUCGCUCGGGCUCGACGCGCACAACGUGCUGAGCGCGAGCCAGCUCCGGGCUUCUGUGAUUGUGGCACAUUCGCAUGCGUGA